GUGAGUGUCAAACGGCCGAGGCGAGACGAGUCGGGACGCAUCUGGCAAUGCUGGCAGGUGGGAUUAUUGCGCAGACGCCAGCAUCCAAACAACAAUUUGUAUCUCCCCGUAGCAUCUCUCGGAGCAGCCGUUAUCUUUGCGCGCUGCGCCAGCAAACAUAUGUAUAUCCGUAUAUCCAUAUAUACAGCAUCCAUCGGCAUUCGUCGCGUCGGCCGUUCGGUUGGUUCAGAGAGCUUCUGCUUUGGCAGCGCGCACUUGGCCAAAAUAGUUGUUGGUUCGCAUGCAAAACGUUAAAAUCGCAUUAGCUAAAAACAUUUUUAUACCAACGGCGCGUUUUUAAUUUUUUCUACACUACAAAAAAUAAACCAAACAAAAAAAACACACAAAUAGACAAGAUAGAGCAGGAAAGCAACGGCAAAACAAGAAGCAAAGCUGACUAAACUUUUAACGUUCAAAAAUUCUAUGCGUAUACAUAGGUAUAAAUAAAUAAACGCGUGUAUAUAUCCACACAUAUAACAACCAAUAAAUGAUAUUUCAAUAAUUUUCAAACUACAAAAGAGUAAGAUGUGUAGAUAUAAUCGAAAAAUGCGUGUCAAGCCGUCCUCUUUACAAAGAAUGAACCCUAAACUAAUGUAAACUACGACUUUUUAAACAUCAUAAUCCUUUGAGAAAGGCAAUACCGACGAAUACUUAAGGACUGUGAGGGUGUGAGUGUGUGUGCGUGUGUGUGUGUGUGUGUGUACAUAAAGAUGGAAGGCCGUGUGUGAAACUGAGAAGGCAAAUAUGGCUGACUGCCUGCCUGUGGCCCACCUUUUGUGUCUGUGCCCGUGCCCGUGUCCGUGUGUGAAAUAAAACAAAAGCCAAACGAAACGAAACGAAAGAAAAGCAUUAACAAGAAGCAGCAGCAGCAUCAGCAGCAGCAUUAGUGGAAAAGCGAUUCAAUGUCACAGUCAGCGAGCAGCAUAUAGCAGCAUAUCCAUGUGUGUAUGCAUGGAUAUAUGUACUCGUAUACCCCGCACGUACGUGUAUAUAGAGAGCACACAUAAAGAGCCAUAGCCGCAGAUUAGUCUACCCAAGUAGCUGACAACGAAGGAGCCUCAGCCUCAGCCUCAGCCCCAGCCUCUGCAUCGACGACGACGACAAUCAACAUUCAUCAUACGCACCGUGGGACGCGGCGCAAAACGCAAAUGCAGCCCCCAUUCGAAAGGUACCAAAGAGCAUACACCUGCCUUUGACAAGUCUCAGCAGCGCGCCGCGCGUGUUGAUGUGCAGCGCCUCUGUGGGCUCUGAGGGAUCCGUAACGUUGCAACUGAGAGAUGCUAGCGCCUUGGAGGCAGCAACAUCGGCAGCAACAGCAGCAACAGCAACAGCAACAGCGAGCACGAAAUCUGCCACAUCAACAGGGGGGAAUGGCGUUACAACGCUUGCCACGUCCUCAACGUCGGCACUAGAGAAUGCUUUGACGAUCGGGUAUCCGGAUCCGGAAAUGCUGGCAGAUGUCUUGGGCAGCAUACAGACAGCCUCUCUCAAGAACAACCACACAAUCACAGCCACGACUUUAAGCAAUAGCUCAACGAAAUCGGCUAAUGGCAAUCAUCUGAAUAAUCCCAACAAGAUAACCAUAACUAGGCGCAGUGUGCAGUCCGUCAGCACCUCCACGAACACAACCACAAUCGGUGGCAGUCAGAGCCAGAGCCACAGCCACAGCCACAGUCACAGCAAGACAAAUACCAGCUACAUUAAGAACUGUCUGAUUCGCAGCAGCAGCUGCAGCAACACGGUCACCAAUGUCACGACGCUGGCGCAGAUUAUGAGCAACAGCAGCACCAGCAGCGCGUCCAGUCUCCUCAAUCAGCACAACAACAACAGCAACUGCAGCAACAGCAGCAACUUCAGCACCGCCUCCUCCGUGGGCAGCAGCAUCAGCAUCGGCAGCAGCAGCAACAGCAGCAACAGCAGCAGCAACAGCAACAGCAACGACAGCAACAGCAGCACCGGCGGCGGUCACAGCCUGUCCUUCAAGAGCAACGGUAGACAUGUUCCUGCCAACAGUGGGUCAGUGGGAGGUGCAGGCACAGUAGCCGCAAGCACUAAUACCCCUGGCAUUGGUGGCAUCAUCAGCAUCGAAGCGCCGCGCAAGAACCGCCCCAAGCUAUCCUCGCCAACGCGACACGGACCACAGCAGUGUCAGAUUUGUUGCAAGAUCUUUGGAAAUGCCUCGGCGCUGGCCAAGCACAAACUGACGCACAGCGACGAACGGAAAUAUAUUUGUGUGCUCUGCUCGAAGGCAUUCAAGCGGCAAGAUCACUUAAACGGACACAUGAUGACUCAUCGGAACAAGAAGCCUUACGAAUGUAAGGCGGACGGAUGCGGCAAGUCCUACUGCGAUGCCCGCUCCCUGCGCAGGCACUCGGAGAACCAUCAUGCGGGGGCAGUCACUCCCACCACCAGUCAAUCGCUCUCCCCCACAGCCAGCUCCAGCGGGGCGAGCAUUAGCAGCAGCGUCGGAGUGGCCACCAGUUCGCUGAGCCUCUCGCCGUCUACGGCCAGCGGGGAUGCGAGCUCCCCGGACGGUGCCACGUGCAUACGAACGUACAUUUCCACGGGCAGCUCCUUGGUGGAUGCCGCCACGGGUAUCGCUCUCUCGGACGAACAGAUCAAGGCCAUGAACUUGCCCAUCAAGACGGGCAUGACCCUGUUGUCGCCCACCACCUCCACAUCCUCCAAUGGAUCCUCCACGGCCUCGUCGUCGUCGCUGUCGUCCUCGCCGUCGACCAUCGCGACGUCGGUGGGCAAUGGCACCGUGAUAGCCAGCUCCCCCACCAUCACGCUCAGCGAUGGCAUCAGCCUCGAGGGCGAGGGCCUGACCCGGGAGCAGCUCGAUCUCAUCAGCAAGAUUAUGCAACAGACGAAGCAGACGAGCGCCCAGGUGACCGUCUCCUCGCCCACCAGCGUCAGCUCCUACAAAAUCAACACGAACUCGGCCCCGUCAUCGUCCAGGCCCCGUACCUGGAACAUGCAAUUGCUCAACAGCGCCCAAAAUGUGACGCUUCAUGUGGAAGAUGGCACCGAUCUGGUGGCUUCUUCAGCGAACUCCCCCGUAGAAAUCAAGGAGGAAGACGUCGGCCAGCAGCAGCAACUUGUGGCCACCGCCAAUCCCCACCUGCUCGUGAAGCUCGACAAGCCCGUCGAGUGCAACCUCUGUCACCGUAAGUUCAAAAACAUACCCGCCCUCAAUGGGCACAUGCGUCUGCACGGCGGCUACUUCAAGAAGGAUCCGGAAACGAAGCGCAGCGAGAAGAAGGACUCUAGCGGCCCCCCCCUGCAGACGGCCAGCAUCGGAGUGCGUGCCCUCAUCGAGGAGAAGAUCAUCAGCAAGCGCAAGGACAUGAACAAGGGCGCCUUCGUGGUACCCGCACCACCGCACAGCAGCAGCAACAGCAGCAGCAGCACCACCACCACCCUUCGACGAUCGAUCAGCGACCUGGAGAGCUUCCUGAAUCCGAAGAGCAGCUCUAGCGCAUUCACCCAAACGCUCUCCACCAGCACGGCCACCACCACAGCGGUGCUGCCGGCGGCCACAACAAUCAAGAGCAGCAACGGGCUCAGCAUACAGCAGAUCGGGCUGCCCCAGAGCAUCGAGAUCUUCAGUGGGGGCCAGAAGCAGUCGAAGACCCUCAGUCUUGGCAGCGGCACCAAUACGAUCACAAUCACCACCAAUAACGUGCCCACCACCACGACGAUGAGUGCGCUGACCGCUCUGAAGGCAGGCGGCACCAUUAGCGGCAUAUCCGCAGCCACCAACACGGAUCCCAAGGACUCCACCCUGAUCGAGCUGCUGAAGCGCGGCACUCGCAUUGCCGUCACCUCCAAGAAGGCCCAGUCGCACACAACCCACAGCGGCACGAAUGUGCUGAUGACUACCCAAAAUAGCACAGGAUCGGGCCUGGGAGCUAUCACAGAGCUGACCACCAUCGGGGGGAGCAAUCUCCAGACGAUCGGCCGGCAGAUCAUCACCAACAACAAUCGCACGGUGAUCAUACCUUCCGAUGUCCAGGUGGUGGCCACCAAGAGCAAGCUGAGCAGCCUGUCCAGUCUCACGGGAAGUCUGAUGAAGACCAGCAGCAGCGUGAAUACAUCCUGUUCGAGCGGCAGCAUCUCCUUGGCCGAUGACACGGCCCUCUCGCUGAACAUCGCCCCCAGUCAGGAGGGGCACGUUGGCAGCGGGACCGGGGGAGUGAUCACGAGCGGAGGAGGCGGAGUGUACACCGUUACCUAUACCAGCGAUGGCAGCGAUCUGUUCGACGACUCAGAGGUGUACAACGUUUCCGACACGGAAAUGCUGCUCCAGACAGUCGACUCCAUGGAGCUGCUGAACGACGAAGAGGACGUGGCUCAGAUCAAGAGCGAACAUUCCGAGGACUUUGCCCUGCUCAGCGAGGCCGGCGACAGUGUGCACACCCAGCUGGUGAAGCUGGAGCCGGACACGGGCACCGCCAACGGCUCCUCCAGCAGCAAUAACACCAGCACCACCGGCAACACCACCACCACCACGACACCGCUGCCCACCUUCCAGCAAUUCCAUUCCAAGGAGCUCAUCAUGCAGAACAGCUCCCAGAUCCAGGCGAUAGCCAGCAUGCGCGGCAGCAUCCUGCCCUCUCCACUCCACUCGCCGCUGGCCUAUCCGACGCCACCCUCCAGUCACGAGAACAUGGCCCAGUCGUCGCCCUUCAUUGAGGAUGCGGCCGCCCAGUUCGUGGACGCCAGCAACACCUUCUUCGGAGACAAGACGGACUUCUCGCACAUCUACUUCAAGACGGACGAUGGCCAGCCCAUCGAACAGCUGAACGAGAACGACAACGAGAAGAUCCUGAAGCUGAAGUCGGUGCUGGAGGAGAGCAGCUUCGAUCCCUCCAUCAAGGUGGAGGACUUGCUGAAUGGCACGGAAGACGACACCGAGUGCGACCUGCGCGAGUUUGCCGAAACGAAUCUCUCGUUCCUCGACGAGGACCAGGAGUUUCUCAAUGAUUCCCGCAAUGCCACCUCCCCGCUGUCGGAGUCCUUCUUCACCAGCGGCAUUGGCUCGGCGGAGGAUGUGAAGCAGGUGCUCCGAGAAGUGCUGCCCGACGAGAACAUGCAGCUGCAGCUGACCAGCGAGGAGCAGGGGGAGAACAUCAUUGAUCUCUACUACUUGCCGGGCCUGGGACUGCAGUCCCAGAUGAUGAACAACUCGGAGGACCCGAUGCUCUCCUCCUCGCCACGCGAGUUCGGUCUACAGCGUCAGAUGGGGCAGAUCCAGGCAACGACUAUGCCCCAGCCGAUGGAGCAGCAACUCCAGCAAACCACGGCCAUCUAUCAGCAGCAAGAGUCGGACCUCCAACAGCAGCCACAGCAGCAGCAACAGAUACUGCAGCAGCUACAGGAUCAGCAACAGCAGUCUCAGCAGAUCCUGGUCCCCCAGCAGUCGCUGGGCCAAUCGGUGUCCAUGCAGGCACAGGGGGGCCAGCAGCAGACAGAAUUCAUGCUGCCCCUGGUGGGGGGUCAUGGCUUUGCGGCGGUUACCAGCCAGAGCCAGUUCCUGGAUACCAGUCAGAGCACCAUGACACUGCAGCCGCUCAACAGCCUGCUCCAGCCCCUGCUGUACGGCUCUAAUGGCACAUCCACCACAAACAAUGCGGCAGUGCUCACCACCGACUGCCAGAUGAAUCCCAAUGAAGGCCAGAGCACCGCUCUCGAUGCCAGCCUGCUCUUUCCCUGCGGCGCCACAGCCCAGGCCUCUGCCACUAAUAGCAAUGGCAAUGGGAAGUCUCUGCUGGCGGCCCUGGCCACAUCGGUGCCCACACCUGUGGUAAUUGCCACUUCGCCCAGCGUGUCCAAUCUGCAGCCGCUGUCGAAUCAAACCAAUUCCAUACUGAAGCGCCGCCUGCGCUCGAACGCUCCCCAGGGGACGCAGAAGUUCUCCAAGUUCCACACCCUGUCGCCGCAUCGCUCGAAGCUGCGCAAGCCCUCCCGCACGCACUACACGCCGGCCCCCAUCCUCAAUCCGGACCGCAAGGGAACAGGGCUGUAUUGCAUUGUGCGGAAGCAGCAGGGCCAGGGCAUAUUCGAUGCCUUCGAAGAUGACUUUGGCGAUCCGGUGGGCCUGGUCGACUUCUCGGACGAGUCGAAGGUGAAUCUCGGCUCGGCAUAUCAGGCACAGAUACCCUGCUGCAAGCCGUUGGAGGAGGCCGCCAGUGAGCCCAUGGGUGCGGACAUGAUGUGGAAUCCCGAGGUGCAGGAGGACGACAAAAUCCUGAUGCGUUACAUAGAUCUCAGCAAAUCAUCGGCCGUGCCAAUGGGCAGUCAUUCCGAGGAGGUGGCCCUCCACACGCUGCUCAAGUCGCAGGGCAAUUCGGCGGCGGCGGUGCUGACCCUCCUCCAGACGCAGUCCAGUGCAUUUCAAAUGAAGUGGACCGCCUUCGAGCUGGAGCAGUUCCUGCGUGGUCUGGAGAAGCACGGCAAGGACUUUGGCAAGAUUGCCAGCGAGCUUCGCACCAAGUCCUCGGGGGAGUGUGUGCAAAUGUAUUACUUCUGGAAGAAGCUCUGCGUGGACUAUAAGGUAUCGCACUUGAAGAUGGAGCCAGUGACCCACAUCGUGCCCGCCGUGGAGAAGCCCUAUGUUUGCGAGAUUGCCGACUGUUCAGCGAGCUUCAGUUCGAAGGCGGCGCUGCACGGCCACGUUCGCAUACACGCUUUUGGCCGUAAUGCCAGCAGCAACAACAGCAACAGCAACAACAACAACAGCAGCAACAGCAACAACAGCAGCAGCAACAGUACGCAGCAUGCCCCGGCAAAUAAUGCCACAAACAGCAACCAACAAAGUUCCAACAGCUACGCAUGCGCGCCCCUGUCAACCAACAGCGGCACUAAUCCAUCAAGCAAUGCAACAUCAGCAACAGCAAAUGCAACGAAUCUUAGUGGCAACAGUGCCACCAUCAAUGGCGGUGGCAACCCAAACACAACGACAGCCACGUCCUCCUCGACUCUGACAGCCUCCAAAGUGGAAACGGGCAACACGAACGCCACUGCCCCGCCCACUGUCAAGGAGGGGGAAUUUCCCUGCAAGGUGUGCGGCAAAGUCUUCAAUAAGGUCAAGAGUCGCAGUGCUCAUAUGAAGACGCAUCGGGUUCAGGAAUCGGAUCCGUCGCCCAAAAACCAGCAACAAAAGCAGCAGCUGAGCAAUCUAGCAAAUAUUAUCACAGGAUCAGUCACUGGGACAGGGACAUCGACAGGCACAUCGACAGGAACGGCAUCGGGAUUAGCAUCAACAGCCGCCUCAUCAGCGAUCGCAACGUCGUCUUAGAGACCGGGAGAUCGGAACAGAAAUAAGAAAUACUUCCAAAAAAUUAAAAGAUUUAACAAAUGAAAAAUCGAUUGACAAUCGCAUUAAGCAAGCAGCGUUAGAAUUUACUCUUAGACGAAUUUGAGUCUAAAAAUCAAUGUCAUCUGUAUGUAGUAGUUAAAGGCAUUUCUCCAUUCAAAUCAAAUCGCUCCUUCAGUCUAUCUCCAACUACGUCUACUCUAUCUAUGUAGAAUCUAUCUAACUAUCUAUCUAUCUAUCUACCCAAACAAAAAAACACCUUCUCUUUCUAUCUAGAUAUCAUCUAAGUAGGAAACACUUUCGACUCACUCUAGGGUUUAAGUCUAGCCAAUGAUUGGUACAAGUUCAAAUUGAAUUGUUAUUAACUAUUGUAGGCAAGUGCAAUAUUUAUGUUGAGAUAAUUCUAAUAUACCCUACCGUAUUUUUAUAUCGUAGUAGGCGUUUAUUCUGCUCGACUCGACUGUAGGUGUAACUGUAACUCUAUAACUUUAAAACACACGGAAAACAGAAAGCAAAAAACAGAAAGAACUACUGGCUGAGGCUAAAGCUAAAGCUCAAUCCAAAUCUAUGAUAAACAGAUUAACUAGCGCAUAAUUACUGUUAACUACAAGUUUUUUCUACUCCAAAUACUCGUACAUAGUUGCAACACACUACACUACACUGAUACUUUACUAGAGCGAUAAAGGUGUAGCCCCUAAGAGAAUCUCUAUAUAUAUACAUACAUAUAUACAUGCGAGUAUAGUAUAUGCAUAUAUGCCUAGACUUACGAUAUAUGCGAUAUAUGAUUGUUGUUCUAGUUUUAACGACGCAAGUCAGCAACUCCAAGUAGUUGAAAUUUUACCUAGAUCGUACUUACAUACACACAGACAUACACACAGACAGACAUACAUACUACCUAAAGAAACCCAAAACUACUGUACUUAAACUAUGGCUUAAAAAACGACAGAAAAAAAACAAACAACAACAAAAAUCCAUAAGAAAAUCUAGUGAAAUCAAGUGAUAUUGAGUGAGAUCAAAAACGAUUUUAGCUAAAAAUGAAAAAAAAAUUUAACACUUACACAUACACACACACAAACACACACAAAUCUAAUGCAAUGAAAUCGAAAUUAUGGAAAAUUUUAACUUUAAUUUUAACGCAAUGUUUUAGGUUGUAAGGCACUGUACAUAAGAUACCCCCGUAGGGAUACCCCUUAAGGAAAGAUAACUUUCAAAUUUCUCCAAAACGCAUAAAAGACAUUAAACUAUUGAUAUUUCUAGAUUUAUCCCCCAAGCUCCCAAGCUCCCCAGCCCCCUCUACCACAUCAAGUUUCCCACCCAAGUCCAAGUCCAAAUCCUUACCUCAGCACCCAGGAAGCACACACAGAGAGACAGUACAGUACAGUUUUAUAUAGACAUAGGUUAUACAUAGUAAUUAUAUACAUACAUAUAAUUAUAUUCAAUUAAAUGGUACAACAGUAAAUCUGCCAGUAAUUUGAAGCAACAACAACAACAAGAAUCACACGUUUUCCAUUUGGACAGUGAGCUAAUGUACUACAACAAAUUGAUCAAUUGAUUCAAACGUUUUUGAGGCCAGUACCAGAGCCGUGCCGUGCCGUGCCGCGCCGGGUGGUAUAUUAUUGACGAUGGCGUAUAUUAAUCUAGUUUAAUGUAAACCAAUGCAUGCAAAGCUAAAAACCAAAAACCAAAAACCAAAUUAAAUAUUCGUAUUUAGUCUAAUAUCUUCUGACCCGACCCUAUCCCCCGUACACCUACGACUUCCCACAGAUCCCGACGGAGACGGAGACAGAUCCAGAGAUGAGUAUGAGAUUGAGAAGAAACUAUUAGCAAUUUUUACGGUUGUACUUUGCCAGUUGUGUGCGUAAGAUUUACUUAUCGCACUGUAUACAAAAACCCACUCUAUAUAUGAUGUUGUAAAUAUCACAGACAUAAAUCAGACCUGACUCCAAAUUACUCAAACUAUGGCCAUCCGGUGCGUUGGUUGUCCUUGCCAUGUGUUCGCUUCCCCCCCCCUCUGACUUAGUAAUACUUAGUAAACCAUAACCAUAACCGUAACCAUAGCCAUAACCAUAGAUUUAGUUAAUGGAUGACAUAGUUCUUGGAUAUUUUUCGGUGUUAUAUACAAUAAGUGUAAGCGGAUAUACAUAGAUACGAGAUACAGCUACAGCAACCCACCAUAAAGCACCUUCAAGAACUGUUUGUUGUGGGCUCUUCGAAGCCGUUCAAAGACUUUCUCACGUACAAUAAUCUGUUUGUAUGGCAUCCACCAUAACGUCUCUGCUAUUUUCCGUUUCCAUUUCCAUUUCGAUUUCCGUUUCAACUCUUCUGUUCUGUUCUAUUCUAUUCUGUUCCGUUUCGAUCUGUUCUAUGCUAAAAUGCCUUCAAGCGUAAGUCUUAAGUAUUAUAAAAUAAAGUAUGUAUCCAACAAAAUGAAUGUUUAUCCUUAAGUAAGUGUUGAAAUCUAGACGUAUACAUAAUUAGCUUAAGUUUGGAUGUGUGUGCACUUUGUUGCUUUUCAAAAAAGUUUCCUAAAGACAAACAGACGAUAAACGUGAAGAUAUUUGUAUUGGUUCUACCAUCUAGAUCUAGUCAAAUGCAAUAGGUUAUUCGCCAAAAUUUAUUUAUAUUUAUAUUUUAUUUCAUUUUAAGCCUUGUUUACUGUGCAAAAAUGUUUAUCGUUUACCAAUUAAAUGAUUUCAACUGUUUCAUUUUUCAUACGAUCGUUUUGCAUUUUUAUUUAUUACUAUACUAGUAACAUAACGAGUAACGAGAAAGACAAUCUGUGACAAGUAUCUUGUGCUAUUUUCACCUUUUUCUCUGAAUCUAAUUUCAAGAAUUAACUCGGCUACAGCUACAGCGACGCGACGAUCCUCGCCGCGCCUCGCCUCGGCUCGUGGCUCUGCUCACUCACUUUAUUCGAAUACUCUGCGUUGUGAUUGUUCAUUAAGCGAAUGUAAAUGUAAACCGUAUUAACGCAAUACUUAUACUUAUACGUACGAUUAAUCUGUAUAAUCUGUAUAUAAGCCUAGUCAACCCAAUUCCACAUACCAAUCAAAGGCCACAGCCAAAGGCCAUGCCAAAAAGAUAUGCCACGCGCAUCUGAUGGAUGGAUAACCGAAUUCUUUUUAGCUCAAAACUCAAGUUCAAGUGAUCAAUAAUACGAAAUUUGAUUCUAACUCAAAGCCAUUAAAUAGUUCAAUGUGCAACUCAUCAAUAAUUUUGCCAUUCAAGAUAAGUACUGCAUGUAUAUGUAAAUGUGUAUUUUGUACAACUUACAGAUACCAUAUACCAAAUACCAUAUAUAACUACCAUAUAUGUAUGUAUGUCAGACCUGAAAAACAGGGGGAAAACCAAACAAAAAAACAAACAAACAACAACAAAAAAUAUAAAGCGUAAAAUGCAACUGAAUUACUUCGAAUACAAUACAAAAACCUUUUGAAAUUGAAAACGAUUGAUAAUAGCUAUUAGACAUAUCAAUUUUAUUUAAAACGAAUCGAGAAAACAUUCAAUAUAUAUACAUAUAUAUAUAUAUAUAUGGGUAUAUAUACACGACUGUGUAUGUAUAUCUGUGCAAGUUUGCAUUCCUGUUUAGCCAGUAAGAGGAAAUUUUAAGCAACAUCGGAAAGUGCAAUUGCAGGUGCAAGUGCAUAAUGAUGUGAUCUACGAGUAUAUAUAUAUAGUAAUAUAGUAAUUAGGGGAUCUUCUGUUAGGCACAACUUUCACUACAACAUCUACGCUUCACAUGCGACAUCUCAGAGUAUUUAGACUGACGAGUAAUAAAAGAAUACGAAAUUGUGAGAUCGCAGCUUUGGAUGAAUUCUUCAGCCCGCUCAUUCUUGUGCCGAACAAAGUAUCGAUCAUGAUCUAUGCCUAUACCUAUAUGUAUAUUGUAUAUGCAACGCAUUGCGAGACAAACUUUACCGCUCAGUAUUAUCGAGAGGCUCGACAGGACCGGACCGGACCGGGCCGGACCCCUGAUCCUCGAUUGGGGGCGGCUCGCGGCUGGCGGUCGGGCCGAUCGACCCUGCUAUGAUUAAGUACCAUAUAUACAAGAACUACACAAAUCUACGAUGUAAGUUUUAACUGUAAUAAGUAUGCAAUGAUACACUUUUAUAAAGAAACACAAACUGUUACUUUAUGGCAUUUAGCUGAGAUGCUGUAACCUCUUGUUGAACGUAAUUUGUACAAUACGUACUACGUAGCAUGUAAAUCUAUCUAGCUCGCAACAUGCCGACACAGAUGCAGAUACAGAUGCAGAUACAGAUACAGAUACACCCACACAUAGAGGAUAUAUGUAUGUAUGUAUUUAUACAGUACUAAUAUUAAUGUGUAUCUGACACAUGUACAUACAUAAGAGUAAAUGUAAACUUAAAUGUUUUCGUGGUUGUAAACUGAUGAUCAAAAUAGAUAUAAACGAUUUUACAUGCUUUCAUUUGAACGCGGCAAUACUUUAACUUUGCUUUACACUUUUUGGUACCUAACAACAUUGUACUUAAUAACAACCGGCACAUAUAAUGCAUUUCCUUCAACGAAAUACGCGUAAUCUCUUUAUUUUGUUCGUUUCGACUCAAUCAUUGUUUGUACCAGUCUUACAAUCGCAUAGCAAAGUCUAUGAAGAGAAAAUGUAAAUGGGAAAAGCGUAAUGUUUUCCUGAAAGCUCAAACACUUUGAUAAGAGAAGAUCAAUGUAAACGAUAUUUGAAAAAAUCAUGAAUAUUCCCUCCAAAUAAUUUUUAAAAAAUUAUGUAUUUGCUAUAGACGUCAAAUCUCUGAUAAUUGUAAUUGAAAUGCGUAUAAGGAGGCAGGUGGCAGGUGGCAGGCAACAGGCGGCAGGAUGGCCUGUUGAGAUGGAGGGGAUACGGAAACGAAUCUGUCUAUAAUGGAGGUAUAUUGUAUUUAGCAUGAUGUUACCAGUUACAUUUAACAUAAUUACGAUUUAAAUGAUUAUUGUGUAUUGCAUGUGUAUGUGUAAUGUAUGUAAUUACAUGGAAACUCAAAAAAAA